AGGGCUUUAAAAUUGUAGGGGCUAUAAGUUUAGAACACGUAGCAUUUUCCUAAUAACGGAAGAGAGCGCAUAAGCCAAUAUUAUAAGCAACGUGGCGAAACACGAAAGACAGAAGUGGACUGUAUAAAUUCAGAUACUUGAAACUAAACUUAAGUCUGUCUUGUUCUUGCGAGCUGGUCUUCUCAUACAUCAGACUUGUACCAAGAUUUCAGAGAUGUUGCGAGUACUAAACUUAUUUUGUGUAGUGUCGCUAUUUGUUUGUACUUUGAAAGUGCAGGCAACUCGGCUAAAAUAUCCUGAAUUUCACAAUGAUGUUUCACGAAACGAACAUUACGACGACGCUGACGAGCACAAUCCAGAGUAUGACCACGAAGCUUUUCUUGGCGAAAAAAUUGCCAUGGAAUGGGAAAAGCUUCCCGAUGAUGUAGUCAAAGAAAAGUUGAGGUAAGUGGCUUUGAAUUUCUAUCAGUCAUAUCUGUACUGUCUUCGAAAAUUCUCUGAUUAUGUUAUAAGUUAUCGAUGGCACGCUAGCUCAAUAACAUCUACAUAUCGCAUUUGUGAAUACAUAGAGUGUAUUGGUCUCCAGACAACCCAGUCAUAUAAAAUUGACAUUGGUGGAAAAAACAUCUAUUUAAGACCAAGGCUCGCGAUUAAAGGACUUGUAAAGAUUUUUAAACGGUUUUCAUAAUUAUCAUUUCUCUUCGCGUGGUGGGAGUCACAAUAUUGAAGAGGAAAAAGGCUGUUUCCUUUUUGGUUUACCAAAAUCACCUCUUCGACCCCUGUAGUUUGACGUAAUGACGUCAGCACACACAAAAAGGAAAAACCUUGCACAUUGGUAAUUACAUUCUAGGUUUGCAGCCACGUGACAAGGCAACAAUGGUGGUGGUCAUACAAUAAACACUUUUUUGAAUAGUUUUAUAUGAAAAUGGUGUUCAGUUCCCAAGGGAGAGAAACCAUCAACAUGGCCGCCGUGACGUCACAUGCAAAAAAAGCGAUAGGACAAUUGACCACUCCAGAAAAUACCGUAACAUACCAUAAUGUUCUUUGUUUGUCACCCCAAAAUUUUGCACAAGCAUUGUUUUCAGUUUCUCUUGGGGCCAUAUUAACUCCCAAGAGAAACUGAAGACGAUGCUUAUGCAAAAUUUUGGGGUGACAAACAAACAGCAUUAUGGUAUGUUAUGGUAUUUCUGGAGUGGUCAAUUGCACGAUGACCUCAUUUUACUACAACUACAAGAAUCUACCAGUCGGUAAAUUUCUUGUAGAAAUUAGCGCUUUUAUUGUUUUAAACCUCACUGGGAUUGAGAAAUUUAAAUAAGAAAGCAAAAUCGAAAUGAAUUUUGUUACUUGUGGUAAAAUGAUGUCAUCGUGAAAAUGGUCUAUUGUGUGCUUUCACGUGACGUCAUGGCGGCCAUAUUUGUGUCCCAAAACAAUUAAACGGCGGCCAUGUUUGUGUCCCAAACCAAUCCUGUGGGAGUUGAACUCUUUUCUUAUGUAAACGCUUUCUUUUGUUCCAAUAAAUUUGCAUAGAUGCUGGCCACGUGAGUGAAAACACAGAAUUGGCCUAGUGUGAUAUGAGCUUUGAGACAGUUCAAUGUGGCUUGAUGUCAGUCAUUUCAAUUUAAUUAUGGCGCCACACUUCAAUACACCAAUUUCGAUAUAUUAAAUUACCUACUUGGCUGCGAGGCUUGGAGGAAUGAAACAAAAGGAAUCAUCUUGAGGCUCAACAAUGAGUAAUUAUUUUCUUUUCUUUCAUGCCCCCAUACCUCGGAGCCAAGUAUGAAUUUUAAUAUAUCGAAAUUGGUCUAUUACUCUGAACUUGUUCUACCCGAGAUGCGAUUAAACUAAGACAGAUUCUUGUCUGCUGGGAUUUUUAAAUUGCUAUUAGAGAGAUUAAGCCUCACGUAUACGGCAAACGGCAAAUGUCAGAUUCAAGUUGAGAAUUUCUCAAAAUAGAAAAUGAACAGAUAAAAACAGCUCAAACCAAUCUUAUGGAUAAAAAAUUGCGUGCAACUACUGAAUAAUGGACGUAAAACGGCAAGUGAAGGAGAAACUUGGUCACGUGGUACAAAUACGCGUUUGCCGUUUUACGUAAACGUGAAGCUCACCCUCUCUAUUGUCAACGGGCAGCCUAAUAAAGCCGUGCGCGAAAGUUCCAAGGCAGAAUGAAUCUUUAUGCGAUGGUACAUAAGGCAGUGUAAGGUAACUUUUAUGACGUAAUGCAGAACAGAAAGUGUUUUCAUUGUUUGCGAGCGAACACGUGAUACAGAUCAGGGAAUCCACGAGCCGUGUGCGUGUUUGUAAGUCCCGUGAUCAUCCCGUUUAUAACCAAUCGUCGGGUGGAUUCAUUUGCAACAUACACGUAUAGUUGUCGCAUUUGCCCGCUGGAAUUUGUUAUUGUUUUUGUGCUUACAAUAAAAACUCCAGCGGAAAAAUGCGACAUCUAUACGCGUGUUUCUCGUAAAUUACGGUAAUUUAUGACAUUUCAAUACAAAUUGAACAGCGCGCGAGUAUAGGUAAAAUCUUUGCUCGUUGGAACUUGGCGAUAGCUGUGACUAGUGCUUAUUUAAGAUGAAAAUUGGUCUUUGUACUUCAGUAGCAUGCCUGUAACUUAGUCCAUUUAUGAAGAGCCCACAUUAUUCUCAAGGUUUUUAAUUGUUUUGCAUUUUUAUUUUUUUGCAACAGGGAAUUGUACCCUUUAAUAGACGUAGACAAGGACAACAAAGUUUCUAACAGCGAACUUUAUGACUGGAUUGAGCAGCACAUGAAAAAACACGUGCUUCGGUCGGCAAACACCAAAAUAAAGGAUCUGGACAAGAACAAGGACGACAAGGUAUCAUGGGAAGAGUACAAGGCUGUGGAAUUUAAUUUUUCCGAAGAGGAAGGUUAGAAAUAACUCUUUAACUUCAGCGAAGCUCGUGAUACACACCUCUAUGACUAGUACAUUUCAGUGUAAAUACUGUCAAUGUUUAACUUUCAAAAGAUGCAAUAAAAUUCACUCUGAAAUGCAUUAGUCAUGAGGGUAUGUAUGGUGCGCAUUAAUUUGAAAAAAUUAACAUGUAAGUAAAUGUUGUAACGCGGAUUUUUGGCGGGUUCGUAGGCUAGGUUGGUCUGAAAUUUCAAAGUGUUGCAAUGAAACAAUCUUAAUGAAAGUUUCAGACAAUAUUAUAUGCAUCUUGAAGAAUAUGUGAUAAGGUUGGAAAAGAAUUCUGUCGGACCGUUCCAGAAAUGUACAGAAAAGAGGUAAGAGUCAAAAUUUAGGGUUUAUUUGAAUUCAACCAUACAGAAUUUUUUACUCCUUACGGAGGUUUUAGUUCCUGGUGUCGGGUUUUCAGUAGCAGGCCUAGGUCGCAUAAAAUUCGGCUUCAAAUUCGAUUACAGAGUUUUUUUUCUAUUGUCGUCAUAGUGAUAUCAAUUUAACUUUAAACUACAUUUUGACAAACUUCAAUCCAAAGUCGUUCUGUGGUGAAAAUUUUAUAGUGAUCAGACAAGGAUUAAAUCACUUUUAAGGCGUAUGGUGUCCGAAAAACCCUAUCGAAACACCUUAAACGUGAGAUAAGCUGUCAAAAGUUCCACUUCACCGUAACCCUUAACCCUUUAAGCCCCAAGAUCCACGUACAAAUUCUCCAGACUGAUCUUCAUACAUUUCUUUUAAGAUUAGUUGAGAGAAUUUGGUUUAAGAUCAAAGUAUUCUCCCUUUGGUUUUCAAUUAAGUAAUUCUCAUAACCUUUACUCUUGAUGAUCUCCUGAUGUUGUUAGGAGAAAAUUGAUGUUGGUCACUCUUGGGAUCUAAAGGGCUAAUGAAACAGGUGCUUAUUUCUCGCAGGUUUACCUGAAGAGACCACCAAAGAACUGAGGGAAAUCGAAGCGCGUGAGAAGAAAAAGUUCGAGUUCGCCGACACAGAUACUGAUGGCCAACUGUCUAUGGAGGAGCUCACACUUUUUCUCCAUCCCGAGGAGUCUAAACGAAUGACGGCAUUUCUUGUCCAGGUAAAGCGAUUGAUUUAGCUCAACCUUGUUUCCAGUGUCUCCCUUUCCGUCCUCUGGGUUGGAGAGUAGGGGGAGGAAGGGAGAUGAAAGCCCCUGGAAGCGAGGCUGGACUGGCCUCCAUCCGGACGGUCAUUUCUCUUCAGCUUUUCACAAAAGAGGAAGCUAAAGAGAAACGUCCCUGGGAUCAAGGUUACAAGUGAGUUCGUGGUAACGUUGGCUGUGGGAAAGACCACUCUGUAUUUUCAUUUAAAACCUUAACGGAAACUGCGCACACGAGUCAUGUGAAUGAUCGAGCAGUAAAAACCCGCUAGUAAGAUGCUGCAUUUUCCUAAGUUAGGCUAAACAGGUUCUUACAUAGAUGGUAAUGAGCAGAAAUUUAGGCUAGUUAAGUUCUUAAAACGGUUUUUUUCUUAAGAAAAACAUACAUUGUAGCUAAGAGUAGUUAGAUGUAUUCAGCUUAUUCUUUAUAUAAAAUCUGCAUAAUAAAUUGGUAUUGCAGUUGGAGUGAUAAGGCACCUAUGUCUCCAAAGAGGAUCCUAAAUGCUGGCUUAUCUUAUUUGGCCAAGUUUACAUAAUUUUUUGAUAGACUUCAGAAAAUAAGAACCUGUUUCAAAUUUUAGGCUAAACGGGUUCUUGUAUGGGGGGUGGGGGGGAGGGGUGUUGACUGGCACCUUUAGCCAAACAGGUUCUUAAAAACCAGUAUCGCCGGUUUUUAGUUUAAUCACAGAAACUAUGGUUUUUUAUACUUAGUUAAUUGGUUCACCUGCCAAUGGAAAAUUGCUCCACUUAGUGAAACUCAGUAGAAAGUUUUGUGUGAUAAUAAUUGUUUUUCUUUUUUGUUGUAACAGGAGAACUUGGAAGCGUUUGAUACGAAUAAAGAUGGAAAGAUUUCGCUUGAAGAAUACCUCGGUACGUACGUAAAGAAAAAGAUGUUCGCACUUCUCAUCCCGCUUUCAUCUAGUAACAGUGGCCUUAACAAAAGAUGACUGUGCGACCGUUGCCUUUUGUCUUCCCUUUCUUUUCUUCUCCCUGCUUUCUCCCUCUCUUUUUUUUUUGUCUGCUGUGGCUUGAAAAUUUUAGGCCCGUAAAGCCGAGGCCAAGCGUCGAACUUUUCACGAGACGAACCAAACGUUGUGAGUUAAGUUCAUGAACGAUCGACGUCUGGCUCAGUUAAGUUCGUCUGAAUGAGUUUGGAUCGUCCAACACGUUCUAUCCGUCUGUUUCAGACGGAUAAUGAUAAUGAUAAUGUGUAUUUAGCCUUGUUCGGGAGAAAAUUUAUUACUGGCCGGCUAAAAUUCCUUUUUGGUUUGAUUCAGUUGAUUGGUUCGACGCGUACUAAGUUCGACGUCUGUCCCAACAGACGAUCUUAAGUUAAUUUAGGUCGACCCAAAUUAGAGUUUGGUUCGUCUCAUGACAAGUUCGACGUUUGGCCUAGGCCUAAGACUCAAAUAUUAACUCGCCUUUUGGCCCUAUUCCGAUCAGGCGCAGUUUCCGGCAAUGGCAUCGAGACCCUCACGGAUGCAGACUGAACGUACAUCGCGAUCCUUCCUCAGGCUCGCCGAUGCUCGCCCGUUAUCUCGAAUAUUUUUAUCAGAGUUCUAGAAAAACGAUUUAAAUUAGCUGAGCAAAGUAAUCACACUAAUUAUAACAAUCAUCAGAAAAAUUCUCAUUACUUCUGACUGCUUGUCAAACCACAUAACUUGUAACACUCUUAGUAUAUUGGGUUUUUUUUUCUUUUUUCAACAGGUGAUAACUUAAGCCAGCCCAGCUUACGCUCUCUAACUACAAGCUUUAAAAAGGAGCUGGACCGAAAUAAAGAUGGUUAUCUUGAUUCGGUACGCCUUUUUGUACAUAGUUUUUUUAUACCUUUCGUUUUUAUCAAUCUAACUUUCUAAAUCAAACGCCGUUAUUUGUCACUAAUAGUUAUAUUAGUGACGAAAAUGCGGUUAUCGUUGAACAUAACAUUGAAAAGCACCAGCUCCAAAGAAAAUUGUACACGGUAUUUAAUGUAUACUCGCGAGUACACGGACGACUUAAUUACUGAUUUCUAGUAGUUCUUACAAUUCCAAAAACAUUGAAGAAAUAAACUUACGAUAAAAGUUAAAGAAAUAAAUCAUAAUUUCUUGUAAAGGUCGACAGUACCAGAGGAAAGUAUUACUUAGUUGUGUAAGUUUGACUGGUUGCAAAUUAGGUUUUCAUCCUCACGCUGAAAAUUUAGAACCACCUCGACUGCCUUAUUUCAUGAAAUGAAAUUAACGUAUUCUCUUGUUUGGAUGUAAUAAUGAUCGCCUUUUUCUAAGGUUUAGUAUUAGAAAUAUGGUCUUUCACUGUAUAUUUCUCGGGAAAAAGGCGAUCAUUAUUACAUCAAAACACGGCACAAGGAUCUUUUUUCCCAUUACAAUCUUAUUCUAAGAAAACUUUUACAAAAAAAUGUCCCGAAAAGCGCUCGAAAAUACAAACGAAAUGUGCUCAUGCCCCUGGGCAUCCUAUAAUACUCCUUAAAUCGAAUUAAUUCAAUAUGGCUGCCGUAUCGGUAAAAAGGUCUAUUGACAGUUUGAGAGUAAGGGUCGAUUUCCACUCAUGUCGCGUAAUUUAAUUUUAACGUGCGUACGUGCGUGAAAUUUACGUUCGCAAAUAAAAUAGAGGCAAUGUAUGAAAGGUCGCACGUUAGCGUAAAAAAUAGAAUCUUGCUCAACUUCACGUUUAAUCUCAACACUUUAUAUCUUUCCUCUAUUUUAUUUACGUGAUUAAAGUUUACGUGCGUUAACGUGCGUUAACGUGCGUAGCCAAAAACGUGUCAGUGGAAGGUUUGAAUUUAGGGCGUGGUCGAUGAGAGGAGAUUCUUAUUAUCACUGUUAACAUUUUUGCCUUUACAGGAUGAAGUCCGUCGCUGGAUUCUCCCAGGAGUAUCAGAGGAUCCUAUUCAAUCAGAAACGAAUCACCUCAUGAAAAUAGGUGAUGAUGACAAGGUAAUGACCAGUAGUAACUUGUAACAACGGUAGACUAAAAAGUAGAACGAUCUCGCAGUAUCUGCUUUUUUUUUGGCACUGGCUCUUUCUUCAGCUUGUAACAUGGAAAUCCAGCACGUUCUAUUUAGGUAUUCGCUUUGUCAGUUAUUUGGGCAUGAAAACGUGUUUGCUCAUUUGAACCGCUGAGACUUCGUGAGGAGCCUUUAUAAAAUAGCCUCACUCCCUCUCCUGUUAGAUCAUUUUUACGGUAUAUUUUCUUCACACCUUACUCCCCUAAGUCGGCACUUGUUACGCUACUGUGACUUACGAAGGUUUGAAUUUCGCGGUCGAUAAUCUUGCCACGCAUCGGUAAUUGCAACCUUUUGUUUCUCGAAUAAUAAAAAAGACCAUAAAAGGAGAGAAAAUCUCGGUCAUUGUUAACCCAAAAUUGCAACCCAAAGUUUGAUACGGAAAUGGUUUACCGUAUUCCGCCCAACCUGAUUGCAUCCUAAAGGCAGAAAAAAGUUUCGAAAAAGGGCAAAAAUAAAUGAAUAAAUUCAAUGGACGUAGUUUUCUUCAGGGGGAAACCUUUGCGUUACUUCUUCGUUUUGUUAUUAGCAUUUAUUGUUUUGUUGCAAAAUAAACAUACUUCACUUGCUGAAAAUGGUGAAAAUUUAAUAAGCGCCCAGCCUCGAAUAAGCGCCCACCUGCGCCCACUCAAGGUCCAAAAAUUUAAUAAGCUCGAAUAAAUACGGUAAUUCCUGAUUGCUUUUCCAAAAAGGUAACAAGGAAUUAGGCCGAGGUUGAUCUGGAAGUGUUAAUUUUAUGUGGGCAUUAAAUUUCGAAAAUCCCACGUCCACUACACUAGAACCCUGGCCACACCGAAAAGAGGUUUAAUAGAAAAGGUUUCGAAGUCUCAUUUCAUGGGGUGAACGAGAACACUGAAGCUAGAGCUUUUAAUCAGGGUUUUGUCAAAAAGGAAAAAUUAUGUCAGUAAUAAUUGGCUAUCUGAGGUUUUUUAAUACAAAAUAAUUUUACCUUUUUUUCCGACAGGAUCAAUUCUUAUCUGUUGAAGAGCUUGUUAAGCACUAUGCAGACUUUGCUGGCAGUCGUAUGACAAAAUACGGGGAUCUACUUAAAGAAGAACUAUGAAUACAUACAGACGAUCGUAUUUAAGUCUCUAUAGAUAUACACGGUAUAAAGACAGGUUGCAAAAUUCUUUGUUCGUACCGUGCAUGUAUGAGAGUGUGAGACUGAAUAUGCUAACGGUGAAUCAUUUGCAGAGUUUUACUGCACUAGAAAGUCAGUCAUAAUACUUCAAGCAGAUAAUGUUUAUUUCAAAAAAUGUAAUUUUGUUGGUAAUUUCAUUACGUUCAAGUCUAACUCCUGAGUGA